UCUCCCUCUCCAAAUCCUAUAGAGUAGUGGUGUUUUUGCAGUAGAGAGAGAGAUCAAUGGCCAUGGCCACCAUGGAAGCAACGGCAGGCAGAAAGGAGUUCUAUAGCGAUUAUAUGCUAUUUAACCCUAAGAAAGCCUCGUUGUUUGAUCUCAUUGCCCUCUUGUUUUCCAGGAAUAUAAAAAACAGGAAAUUUAUCGAAACCACUAUCGAAACCGAGGACAGUUUCAUGUAUAGAGUUGCUGUCUUCCUCACUACACUGUUGCAGAAGUUUCUUCUUACCAUAAGUAUUCCGAUGGCUCUGGCGGGGCAGACUUUUGAGGAUAUGUGCAACCUUUUCACUAACAAUGGUGGCUUGUUUGGUCUCGUAAAACGAGUCAUGACAGGGAAGGUUGUGAUUCCAGACAGAGAAGCAGCCACCUAUGUCUCAGCCGUUGGAUAUACGGACUUGAGAAUGGAUUUAAGCAAAGAAAUUUUAUAUGGAAACUCUAUGUAUUAUCCUUCUCUUUCGAUUAUGGCUGCUAAAGCUGUUUACAAUAACGCUGCUUAUAACAAAUCUAUAAUCGAAGACCACUGGGGGAUGCAACUCAUUGGAUUCAAAAAUUAUUGGAAUGAUUUCAUGAUGAAAGCUGACACCCAAGUUUCCCUGUUCCGGAACAAAACUGCCGAACACGAUACCAUUAUUGUUUGCUUCAGAGGAACGCAACCAUUUAGUGCCGAUGAUUGGUGUUCGGACGCCGAUCUGUCUUGGUACGAAUUCAACGGCAUUGGAAGGAUUCACAGUGGUUUCUUGAAAGCUUUAGGGAUGCAAAAAAUUGUGGGGUGGCCCAAGUUCGUCAUCCCCGAUAUCACCCGUCGUGCACCAUUGGCUUAUUACGACAUACGGGAUACGUUGAGAGACCUUUUGAAGAAAAACCCCGAUGCCAAAUUCAUAGUGACCGGUCACAGUCUGGGCGGUGCGUUGGCCGCUCUUUUCCCGGCCAUCUUGUUCUACCACGACGACCAACUGUUGCUGGAGAGGAUGGAAGGCGUUUACACUUUCGGACAACCCAGGGUCGGGGACGAGGCGUUCGCGAGUUACAUGGAGAAGAAUCUGAACAAAAACGGGAUCGGGUUUUACAGAUACGUUUACUGUAACGAUAUGGUCCCUAGGGUUCCUUUCAACGGCAUGUUCAAACACUUCGGUACCUGCGUUUACUACAACAAUAAAUACCAAGCAAAGAUAGUUGAGGACGUACCAUAUAAGAACUACUUCUCGAUCUUCGGGUUUAUCCCCAUGCAUUCAAAUGCCAUUUAUGAGGUGAUAAGGAGCUUCUCGAUGAAAAUUAAAUAUGGAUCGGAUUAUAGAGACGGGUGGCUGAUGUUCGGCGUGAGAUUGUUUGGAAUGUUAAUCCCUGGGAUUGCGAAUCAUUGUCCACAAGACUAUGUUAAUUCUACUCGUCUUGGCAAACCCGACGACGUUUUGUUCCUCCCUCUCCACACCAAAAAGUCACUCGGUUUUGAAGUGCCAUUGUUAGCUGCUUGAUUUGAUGAGAAGCAGAGGGUUGUUGGCUGAUAUGAAUACCAAUUCUGAUAAUAAAUAUAUAUAUCUACGUAAGGUUACAAAUCUUGGGAACUGGGAAUUGGUGAUCCAUUUUCAUUCCCAAGAGUUUCUAGGGAAAUAACUGGAAGGUACUUGAUUACCUCCAGGGUUCAACCUAGCAAUUAUGUAUCUUGUUUUAUCCUUUAUGUUUAUGUAUUUUCGUUUCUGUUUGCGAGAAUAAAAUUACCGAGUCAUUA